ACAGCGAGCAGAGUGCUGCUGGAGUCGGCCUUUGGUUGGCAGUGGUACCUGGGCGACCGAGUGACACGCCAAUCACUUGGCCAUGCAGGGUUCUAGGUGCCCGGACCGCUUCCACCACGGGCCUCACACACAGGGGAGUACACGGUGGCCGAGUUAGAGAUCUUCACGCGGCCUGACACCGACUUGACACGCUACCUGCGUCUCGGCAUGGACUAUGCAGUUUACCAGAGAGAGCGCUUGGCGGGGCCGCUGAGAGUGCGGGAGUUCAGGGAGGUCCGGAGUCAGGCCCGCGGAGCUGCUGAGGAGAGAAGAGCCAUCACUGUGAGGCAGAGCAGUGGUGAGAGUCGCGUGAGACGGGAUCCGAGCGGACCUGUGAGAGGUGGGCCACCAGAGUUGACGUGGCAGAUAGCAGUGGUGGACUCUCAGGGCAAUCCAGCUGAGCUACACCUAGUCCCUGCCAGAGUUGAGUCAGCGCCCGUCACCGUGCCGGUGCCCAAUGAAUGGGUGAACGAGGCUGUUCGGCGUAUGCUCGCACUGGAGAACGUGAUAAGAGAUGCCCUCACUUUGGAGGAGGGGAUGCCACAUUGUAUAGAUAUUUGCCCUAGGAAAGAAGAACAUUUCACGUAUACUGUCUAUAAAGCGGCCAAUGCUUUGCUGAUGAAAGGCGUUCCUCCCACAGUUUUGAGAAUCCCACGAGAAGCAGAAUGGCAAAUAACCUUCCGGCCUUGA